UACAUAUAAAUAAAAUGUUAUUGAAAAAUUGAUUACUCGAGACUCAAUGGGAUGUUUUCGGCUUUGAAAGAGCAAUAUUAAUAACUCUUUAAAAAAAGAGAUUAAUUUAAAAUUAAUUGGCUAAUUACAGUCAGAAUGAUAUUCGAACUAAUCGAUUACUUAAAGGAUCCCCAAUUAGUUGCAACAAUUCAAAAAUUUUUUGGUGUUAAAGUAUAUUAUGAUAAAUAUUUCGAGGAGUUUAAGUCCAAAAAAACAGCUCAAACUGAGAAGAGGGAACAUACUCGUGUAAAAGUUGAUUGUAAUGAAGAAAAUUAUUUGGCUUUUUAUAAUAAAAAAAUAAACGGCUAUAAUACAAACAGUUCAAAAAAAUUCAAUGGAUGCACAGAACAACCAGAAUUUUUAAAUCAACAAAAAAGUGAAUUAAUAAACAGAGAACAAACUUCAUCACUUUCAGAAAAUCCACAUUAUGCAAUCACUAAUUUAUUUUGGUAUUAUCUAUUUUUGUUUGGAACUGAACUAGGAGAUGAAAUCUUUUAUUCAUCUUUUAUACCUUUCUUGUUUUGGAAUAUUGAUGGAGCUGUUGGUCGAAGAGUAGUCUUAGUAUGGGCCAUUGUUAUGACUAUUGGCCAGGCAUUAAAAGAUAUAAUUUGUUGGCCUAGGCCAGCAUGUCCCCCAGCAGUUAGAUUACAAAAUAAAUGGUCACAAGAAUAUGGAAUGCCAUCUACUCAUGCCAUGGUCGGUCUUGCAAUUCCAUUUAGCAUAGUAUUAUUUACAAUGAACAAAUAUAUUUAUCCAUUUUUUAUUGGUUGCUUUAUUGCUUUAGUUUGGUGUGUACUUGUCAGUAUGAGCAGACUCUAUUUAGGUAUGCACACUGUAUUGGAUAUUGUUGUUGGAUUAGUAUUAACAGUUGUGUUAAUGAUUCCAUUGGUACCUUUAGUAGAUGUAACAAAUUCUUACAUCAUUACCAGUUUUUGGUUGUCAGCAAUCUUGAUGAUAAUCACUAUCGUUGUUAUUAUGUAUUAUCCACUCAGUGAUAAAUGGACACCUACCAGAAGUGACACUGCUAUGGUUGUGUCAGUCACAGCAGGGAUUCACAUGGGAGCAUGGCUUAGUUAUUAUACUGGUAUAUUAAGUGCAUCGUUAAUUUCACCACCUUACUAUAUCGUUUGGCCAACAUAUUCUAUGCUUGGUCAUCUGAUUCUUAGAACUAUAUUUGGUUUUUCUACUGUUAUUGCAACGAAAAUUCUCUGCAAAUACCUCAGUUACAUUAUAGUAUGUGCCAUAUUACAAAUUAAUUGCAAGGAGCUUAUGAAAUGCCAGGAUUAUAGUGGAAAUCAAAAUAAAGUAUUUGUCGAUUUAAUCUACAAAUAUGUAGCAUGUUUCAUGAUAGGUAUAAUUACAGUAUAUUUAUUGCCACAAAUUUUUAGUAUGAUAGGUAUUGAACGAUCAGCAUUUUAUACAGAAAUGUGAAACAUUAAAUAUGCAAUUUAUUGUUUAGUUUAUU